AGUCGCGUGUAACAUUUAACCAUCUUCGAACGCUUACCAAGUUUAUUUUUUAAUUUUAUGAGUUAAAUAACUUACGUUUGAGUUGUGUUUCAAAGAAUAAUAAUAUUUCUAGUCCAAACGAAUCUGGGUUAAUUCUAUAGUGAAUUAGCAAUUACUGCGUUUACGUGGUCUAAAUACGUGUUAGAGGAAAUCAAAGAAAUUAAUAAUUAAAUUGUGUUAUUAUAUGGUCAUUCAUUUUAAGUACUGCUGUUCAGUAAAGCGUAAAAUUUAAAAUGUAUAAAGUGAUAAUAAUAUUUGCAAUCCUUGGAUGUGUGUGUGGAAAAGUGUGUGAUGUGAAUGAUACUGUAGACAUUACAGGCGGUCGUUCAACGGCAAGCAGAAUAGCAUACGGUGGCACAAUCUUUGAAGAAUAUUUUAAAGAAGACGGAUAAAGUGAAAGCUUCUCUCAAAAGGCUUGAUGGUAUCAAAGUGUUGUCCAGCGCGGGCAGCUUACGAUAGCGAGAACUCCGCUUGUGAGAGUAUAACAAGUGAAAAUCAAAAGCGAAGCCCCCUCGUGUAUGUCGAGAAAAUAUUCAAUUUUGAAUUUGGGAAACCAGACUGCAGUGCAGAUGAUGCAAAAGUGCGGAUCACUGCUGGACACGUUUACGAUAUAUUUAAUAUAGGAGAGAUGACACGUGAAAGUGAUAAUAAGCGAGAAUUCUAUGUUAUUCAAUUCAUAGAAUUGUCUAUUGAAGGUAUUGAUGAUUACGUAUGCGUGCCGUAUACGUGGCUGAUAUUAAGUAGUGAGACGCAUGACAAGGUCAUUGUUGCGUACCCUAACGACGAAGAUCCUUCUGAUACAAGAGAUCGCGUGAAGAGGAAAGAGAGACGUAAUGAUAAGUGGGGAUGUUAUAUAGCUACUAUCAAACAUAAAUCAGAUUCUUACGAUGAUGCAGUAUUUUGGAUCGCUGCGAGAUAUGAUUAUGAUAAGCAACCAAAGCUUCCUUUCAAUAAGAAACUGUGCAGUGGCUAUCAAGUCUAUCAAAAUUUGUCGAAAUAUUAUAAUUUAUGGAAACCUCUACCAAUAUCAAUCAAGCGACCAGCAAACACAGAAACAAGGAAAGAAAUUGAUGAGAAACGGUUGAAACAAGAUAAACCUGCUCCGUCAUCCAGAGCGAUUGUUAAUGAUGCCAAAGUAGAGGCUAGAUCUCCAAAAAUAGAUCAGUCGGUUAUUAUCCAGGAUAACCAAUCAAUGGAAUUUUCUCAGACAGAAAAAUCUUCUGUUGCUUCUGAUGCUGACGAAAGUACUGAAUCAAGGUCUAAAAUUCCGCGAACUGAGCAAACCGAAAAAGCUCCGAUCUCCGCCGAUCAUAAUAAUAGCAAGAGUCAAGCUAACUCUUCUAGCAACACAAUGGAUGUGUCAAUGACAGCAACAAAACCUUCUACUUCAGCUAAACAGAGCACUCGGCCGAAUCAGUAUAAUCAUCAAGAAUAUAUUCCAGACAGAUGUUCAUUAUCAAACUUUCAACCACAGAUUGAGAAUGUUCGAUCUCUUGCAAAUCUUGACGAUCACAAACAACCCGUUAAUAAAGUUCCAAGUCAGAAACUGCCUACAUUUUAUGAGGGAUUAAACUCACUCAAAAUUUCUGCUCAACUACACAGACAGAUGAACGAGGGUCGACGUUUAGUACCGAUUCAAAAACCAGUAGAAAAGACAUUACGUCCCACGAAAAUGGAAAGAAAUUUGGCCAUUGCCGCACAGAAUCCAUCGAAUUCCAUCGACCAAACCAGACAAUUCUCGACGCGUUCAGUACAACAACCACUAGUGGUUACUCGUAAUCAAUCUCAAAAUGAUUCACGAGUUUUAGGAACGCACACUCAAAAUAGCAGAGACCAAACAGCUCGGCUCAGAAGCAUCGGAAUGACCUCUCAAGAAAUUCAACAAGAAAGACUUCGGGGUUUUACAGAGAGCAACACUUACGAUCAUCGACCUACAUCUGAAACUAUCAAUAUGAGGACUCCAUCAUUUAAACAAAACUCAACACACCUUUCAAAUCCAACGUAUCAGACUCCUGAGCUUGCACAACAGAGACAUAUGCAAAAGCCAAAUCAGGUGGAUUCACAGCAGAGACCAAAACUACGUAUUGGCAUCUCUAUUAAGCGUAAAGAGAGAAAACGAAAUUCUUCUCUCCAAGGAGUCACAAAGACACAGCCUUUGUCAUCUAUUUUGACAAAUUUACUGAAAUCAGUACGACAAACAUUAUAAACUAAUCAUAAUAACUGCCUUCUUAAUAAUACACAACUGGAAGCAAGAAUGAGUCCACGAUCUACUGGAGAUAACAAUGUAGACUUCACAACCAGCCCGCAGAAUAUCAUAGCGUCAGAAACAAGUGAUAGGCAAAACACAGAAAUUACUAUUCGCUCAAUCUACCAACCACCUAGAAUACAUCGUACAACAGGCCAUGAAAAUGGAUAUCAAAAUUUAUGCACGCAGGAACAGUUGGUUAACCAAUCACCACAAAUGAAUUCAAAGCCAAAACGAGGUCACUUUAUGGAUGACGGAAAUGAACGGACAGCAUUUAUGGCACUGCUAAUGAUCCUAGACAUGAUUCUGCAGAUAGACCGACAGCUGACCAAAACUCUACGUCAAAGAAUAACCAGACGCAUUCGAAAUUAAUUUUAGAGCAGCAAAUGUUGGACAACUUUGCUAUCCUCUAUACUAAUAUGGGCUCUACUUUGCGUUAUACGACUGAUAUGUACAACACCUUACAGAGUUCAAUCCACGAUACUGCCCAUAUAAAUAAAAAGUUAUUGGGUUCCGUCGAACAAUUUAACACAGCGGGAUACACAGCUAGCAGUGCCUCUCCUUCGAGCAACUUAACACAUGAAGGUCCACGGUCUCCUGAAGCAACACACUCUAAAGUAACAGCGAGUGCUAGUUCUAGUAAUCAAGAUCAACAUAGAAAUGAUAUUGCUAACAAAACGCCGAAAAACAACAUAUUGUACCGGUUCGUUCUACCACCGGAAUAUGAUGCUUAUGAUACAAGAUGGACAUUGAAGUAUCGAACAAAUCUGCCAGGACUCGUAGAACUUAUUCCCCAAAGUGGUGUUUACGUCAGCCCCGAAAACCUCAAUUACUGUCAGCAAGUCUCGAAAGACUGCAAAUCAUUAGCUCUUAGAUUAUUAACAGAAGUCUUCAAUGGAAAUGCACUGAGUAUUUGUUCAUCAAUGAGUGAGAAAGAGCUGGCUUCUAAAAAUCUCGACUCUACUUUAAGGCCAGAUUUAGAUGAUCAUGCAUGUUCGGUACUGCUUAAUUUAGUUUUAGAGCAUGGACUCCAACGUGGUUGGAAUACUGAUCUAGAACCUAUCCUCAGAACCUUACACAGUAAGAUGCUAGAGAUUCGGAUCAAAUAUGGUGUAAUGGUUGAAGUUAACGAUACUUCAUUGUAAAAGUACUGCCCGGACUAAACCGACGACGUCGAGCAAUCAAGCUUCCAUUGAACCAUUGAUGCUCCUCCAUCAAAGCAACUAUAGGCAAGAUUCUCAACCCUGCAAAGAGAAGAACACUGGAAUUAAAUCGCAGCCUACGCUCGAUCGAAGUGAUGCUAACGCGGUUAAGGCCCAGUCUCUUUUGCACUAUGCGCGAGGAGUAAAGACGAGGGGUUUUUUUUUGGGUAAAAAUCCCACACCACCGAUCAUCAUUGUUUGGAGUCUUAAAAAGGUUGUUCCCUUCGUAAAAAAAAAACAAAGACUUACAAUAUUGCUAUGUAAGUAAAGAUAUUCAAUAAUUCCAAAUUAUUGAAGCUUAGAAUUAGAGUAAUUAAUAACAUUCUUAUAAUUAUUUCGGGAUCACGGGUUAGACUUAAUAGUCAUCAUUAGUAGUUGUAAUUUUAAUUUUUGUUCCUAAUAUUUCCGUUAGAUAUAAAUUAUAACUUUAGAGUUUAGAUGUUAUGAACAAUCAAGUAGAUUAAUAGUAGUUUGGUUAAAAUAAGAAGUAGCCGAUGCCAAGCAGCGUGGUGUUGUUAAAUCUGUAUGUAAUUAUUAUAUAUGUAUGUUAUGUUUUAAAGUUGAUUCAUUUUGUUGUAAGAUUUAAAUUAAUUAUUAUUAUUCCUGUCACUGACUGCAGUGUUACAAGUAUAGUUUUUUCGGAGCCAAAAACUGUCAAACUAGAAAAUAUUUAAUGUAAGGCUUGGAGACAAGCAAAGUAGAGUAAUUUUUUGGUUUAUACAAUAAUUUAUCUCAAACAGAGUAUCACUCUGUAAAUAUUACAAACAUUUUUGAGUAAAUUAUUUAUAAACCAUAGAUAAGUUAUAAUUUUAGUUUUUAACUGGCUUAUAUGACUUACAACGGUAUCUUUAACCUGUAUUUAUAUGUAAUUUAUGAGUUUAAAACAAUAAAAAAAAUGAGAAAUGUAUU